AUGUCCAAGAGACAAGCUGAGCUGGCGCUAGAGGAGGAUACAGUCGCAGGUUCUCCGGCCAUUAAGAAGGCCCGUGUGGAGGACGACAUCGAGGAAGGUGACCCGCGCCAUGGAGCCCUUCCGUUACGACGGGCGAGUGGCCAAGAGAGAGAGGAAGACGAACGCAAAGGGAAUGAUAUCCUAGCCGCUGCGGACCAGGAGGGGGAAGAGCUGGAAGAAGCGGCGGUGGAUAAUGGUGCUGAGUCCGAUUUCGAUGAUGCCGACGAUGACAGGCCUGUGAUUGCGGCUCCCAAACGCCAGAGUGCACCUAUGGAGGGCUAUAGCGAUCUUUAUCUUGAUACGAUUAAUCGCGAAAUCCUCGACUUUGACUUUGAAAAACUGUGCUCGGUCACCCUUUCGAAUAUCAAUGUGUACGCGUGUCUGGUCUGCGGCAAAUACUUUCAGGGCAGGGGCCCCAAGUCUCAUGCCUACUUUCAUGGGCUUGAAGUCGGCCAUCAUGUUUUCAUCAAUAUGGGAACCAAGAAGGUGUAUGUCCUUCCGGAGGGCUAUGAAGUGAAGAAUAAGAGCUUGGAUGACAUCAAGUACGUGGUGGAUCCGCACUAUAGCAAGGAAGAGGUCUCCAAGCUAGACAAAGAGGUCCAUGAUGCGUUCGAUCUCGCAGGCAAUCGUUAUAGACCAGUCGUGCAACUUUUGGCUCAUGUUUUUCCAAUUCGCAAUUACUUUCUGCUACAUGAGUUUCCGACACCCGGCACACCCCAAUUAGCUCUACGAUUCAGCACGCUGGUGCGAAAACUAUGGAACCCAAAGGCUUUUCGAUCCCAUGUGUCGCCGCACGAGUUGCUACAGGAGAUUGCUCUUCGUUCAUCAAAGCGCUUCACGCUGACCCAGCAGUCUGACCCAGUGGAGUUUUUGUCUUGGUUUCUAAACAACUUGCAUCUUUCACUCGGAGGCUCUAAGAAGCCUUCCAAGACACCCACUAGUGUGGUCCAGGCCGCAUUCCAAGGCCACCUGAGGAUUGAAAGCCAAGCAAUCACCGCUCAUUCAGAUACCCAAAACGCUCGCCUAGUCUUUACGGAAUCGGGCGACAUCAAAAGCCAGACCACCCCAUUUCUCAUCCUUACGUUAGAUUUGCCUCCCACUCCUCUCUUCCAAUCCGCCAAUCGGGAAUCCAUCAUUCCCCAUGUCCCUCUAACAACACUCCUAAACAAGUACAACGGUAUCACUGCUUCAGAGAAGCUGGCUCAUCGAGUUCGCCACCGCCUCCUUCAUCCCCUUCCACCUUAUCUAUUAUUCCAUAUCAAGCGAUUCAGCAAAAACAGAUUCGUAUCUGAACGUAACCCGACGAUUGUCACAUUCCCGUCACCCCGCUCUCUCGACAUGUCGCCCUACGUAGAACCGAACCCGGACAUUUGGCCUCCGGGCGAACCGAUCCUCUACGACCUCGUCGCCAAUAUUAUCCUGGAUCCAACUGUAGCUGUCCCUGGUGCCACUGACGAGGCAGCCGCAGAUAAGGGUGUUAACGCAGCAUCUGGGGCAUCGUCGAGCGGCGCUGGUGCGGGCAGCGAGAAGGUUUCCUGGAUGGUCCAGCUUCACGAUAAAGCUAUGUCUGCAGAGAAUAAUCGACAACAUAGCGAGCGCGCUGGUGAACAGCAAGGGCCGGAGUGGCUUGAGAUCCAGGAUCUGUUUGUCAAGAAAGCAGAAACAGAAACCCUAUUCACCCGAGAAGGAUAUCUUAUGGUCUGGGAGCGACGAAAGGUCCCGGGCAUGAACAGCCGGAAGGGGAAGAACCCAGCAAAAUAG